CUUCUCUCUCAAUACAUACACGACGUCGUAUGCGCGACUUACUGAGCUCCAAAUUUCAAUCGUGGAUGAAAGAGAUCAUCCGUUUCCCCGGCAGAACGUGCUCGCCUUCGACCUUGGCACCAGAAGGCUCGACCUGAUCCGAUCUGAACCGCUCGGCCGACCGCAGUUUGUCAGCGCCAGAUAUAUACUCCAGGUCUUGGGCACCCGUGCAGGGUGAAGACCUGUGGACCGCGUCCGGACGUAGAAAGAAAACGCCCAUUGCGAGCCGUGCUUCGUCGUACGACGAGUGGACCGCGUAGUUCUUGAGAACCCGCCAUGGCCGUUGUGGAGGAGGCGUCCCGGACGAGUCCGCAAAGCAAGGUGGAGGCGCAUCGACGCGCGAUCGCCACGCAGAAAGCGAUCAUUGUGAAGUUCCUUGAAGCGAAUGGAUUCCGCAAGGAUGUGAAUUGCAAAGGGACUGAGGAAGAACAGGUUUGCUACACUUAUCCAUUGCACGUGGCAGUGAAGCAAGAGAAUGCAGCCAUGGUGGAGUUAUUGCUGCACUUUGGCGCCAAAGCCAAGCAAAAGGACUACAAGGGGAAGACAGCUUGCGACUACGCGAAGUCAGCACCUGAGAUCCUCAAGAUCUUCGAGCUGUAUGGGGAUGCUACAAAGCCCUGGGACGCCUACUUCGCACGGCUGCAGCAGCACCCCUGCCUGGUGGCACCAAGGAAGGCCACACGCUCUGGAAGUCAACUCUCUUCUACGUCAACGGCCUCGAGUCCAAUCUCGACCAUUUCCAGUGGCUCCCGACGGUCAGUGGCAUCGGCGGCAUCCACCAAGAUCCAGUUGUAGCCUUUUGGACGGCUGCAGCGGGAAAUGGCCCAGCUCUGCUCCUGCCAGUGGACCUGUGACAGUGAGCCGUGUUGGUUGUUUAAGUUUAAAUCCAGUUUAAGUUCAAUCAUUAAUCCUUUGAUUGUGGCCCCGAGAUUGGAGCCCCAAUCUAGUCUGACACUUUGCACUUGGGAAAACGGCAGUGCCUUUGAAGGCACAGAGCGUUUCCUCGAAUCUAUUCUAUUCAAAUCGCUUUGCACACCUUCCAAUUCAUUCUCGCGAUGCCUCCAUCGGAGUAGCAGUGAGACACAUCGCAUGCAAAAUCUUCUUGCAUCAGAUCUGAUGAUAGUUUUAUACAUGGCGCCAAUUCAUUGCACGAGAUAUCUGGCACGAGCCACUCGUUUUUCGGACGAGUUGGACGAGCGAGGUUUCCAUGGUGAUGUUUGCAAGAAAACAUGUGGAUCCAGCACUUUUGAACAGCUCCCACUGGCUCCCACCAAGGGAACCAUUGGACCAUGUACUCCCA